CCUUGGAGAUCCCUGUGGCUUUGCUUCAGCAUGUCUCCUUCUCAAGGUCUCUCCUUGAGGACUGAGAGAGAAUUCACUUUCAUGUACGUGAGCGCAAGGAGGACCCUCUUUGGAGUUUUCUCCUUUUCUUGAUUUUGCUAGACAACAGACGUCCCUGUAUAGAAGGAUGGCCGGGCUCCUGAGGAUGUUCAGGAAGAAGGCUCUGCAGGUGGCCCCAGAGACUGAGGGAAGUAGCUGCCAUUUUCCCAAGUGGCAGAGCCACCUCUCUGACCCCGCUGGCGGGGAAGCAGCUCCCAUCCAGGCCAGAAGGCGGAAGGGCCCAGCCUUCUGGCGAACAAAACCUGCUCCCGGCGCAGGCUCCGAGCUGGGAGAGGCCCUGACCAGGCCCAGAUGGAGCUGGCUCAGGAUGUGGUGUCACAGACAGGACCCAGCCCAGGAGGGGCGCCGGGCAGGGAGGCUCUGGGGCUUGUUGUGUGGGCAGCAGCGGCCCCAGGAGCCCAGCCCUCAUUCCCAGCAGGAGGCAUCGCCCUGCCCGGCCGCUGAGGAUCUUCCAGCCCCCUCAGGCCAGGAGGUGGAAGAUCCCUGUCCCAGCACCAGCAGCUCAGCAUGGGACAGCAGCAGCGCCUGGGACUCUGGCAGCAGCGACGCCGAUGGACGCUGCUGCUUUGUUCCAGGGACCCCCAGGGAUUCAGAGGAGGAGGAAUGGCUGGACAUGUCCACAGAUGAAGCUGCUCUCAAAGUCAUCAGAGAGUAGCUCCAGUGCAGAGAAAAGCACCAUGAAACCUGCCCUUGAGCCUGACCUAGAGACCUGCCUCUUGCGAGCUGCCCUUCGCUCCGUCUUCACCCUGGGCAUGGAGAAGGACACCAUCAACAUCCAGAUCUCAGCAGAGUUCCCUAGGAUGGGUCACCACGUGGCACAGCUGGCUCUGUUUGUCAGUGACCCAGACAAGGACGUCAGCUGGCAGGCCAGGGAGAGGACUUACCGGCUGUACCAGCUGCUGCUCCAACAGAGGGGGCUGACCAUACACGAGGCAGAAAAUCUGUGGUGCCACAACUGGCACCAGGACAGCAGGCUCCUGGGCUGUAAGAACACAGCCAGGUUGGGGGAGGUCUUUGGAAAAUUCUUCUCUGAGGGGCAGAGAAAAUCCUUCCUCCAGACAGCAAUGCUGGCGAUCCAUGACCCCCUGCUGCAUGUCAGCCAGUCUGGGCUGCUCCUCACAUACUCCAUCCUGGGGGAAGCCCAGCAGCUGAUGGGGGACAAGCUGGAGGAUGUCACAGCCAAGGUGAUGUGCCAGCUCCGUAUCAUCCAGCACUUGCACCAGGUGCCCGAGGUGCUGCAAGAGCUGCGCCUCAUCUGAUGCCCUUAAAGGUUCCCCUCCCAUGUUCAGCAACUCCCGCUCCCUGCUGCAGAGGCUCCCCAGAGAUGUCCUCAAACCUGUUCUCCUGGGAGCAUUUCUGGGAGGAGGCUCCCAUCCCUCAGUCUCCAACUCCAUCAUGAAGUCUCAUUCACAAAACAUCUCCGCUCUCCAGCUCCACUUCCCGCAGCAGGACAAACGAACCUUCAGCUCCUAGAGACCUGACUCUGACCUCCUUCUGAUCAGCAAUGAGGUUUCACCAUCCCCUCAACAAACCUGUCAGCCUCUGAAUGAUGAAUGUCAGAGUCACCAAAACCAGCAA